AAAAAAAUUUAUUAUUUAUUAUUAUGAAAAAACUUCAUUAUCAAAAGACGUAAAUGCAAAAUCUAAUGAAAAAAGGCCAAAAUACGUAACAAAAAUACUCAAAAGUAACAAACUAAGACGAGAAUCGGGAGAAAAAUCAAACCAAACAAAAUUGUUCUAAAGAAGUUGCAAAAGAUAAAUUUGCCAAAGCCAGACUUAUAAAAAGAAUAAAACUCUGCCAACUCAUUUUUAGUUACCCAAAUACUCGAAAACGGAACGGAAUAUUAGCGAAGGUUACACAAUUGAAGCGAUGUUAAUCCAAUAAUGGUGACCAUGCGAUGAUUAUAUAGUGUUAGAAAAAAAAACAGCGAAAAAAAGUACACAUAAAAUAUAAUUAGAUGCACAUCUAGCUAACGAAUGGUCAUGCAAUAAUACACGAAACGCGUUGCACAAUGGGCUUGAGUUAAGCUUCGUUGUUAUCAUUGUCUUUUGUCGCGUCGUCCGUCAUCGUCGUCGUCGUCGUUGGUGGUGGUGGUGUUCAACAUCAUUUUUUACACGGAUUUAAAGGCAAAUAUUUGUCCAGCAAUUAGAAUGAAUUAAAAUAAAAGAAGAAAAGACUUGAAACAGAAAAAAAUCACAAACAAACAGAAUGACAUUUAAAGUGUUUCGACGGGGAUCUGCGAGAUGCAUCGGACUCCUUUCAGCAUUUAUCACAAUUUUAUUGUGCUUGUAUUACAUAUCAAUUGGCCAACCGUCGUCCGGGCACAAGGAAAAUGAACAAAAAAAAAAAAUAAUCGCUUCCCAUCAGGAAAGUGUGCGGAAUGCCAGUGCACAUGCAUGGCUCGAACAAAACAGCAUGGAUUCCAGCAGUAACAAGAAACGUGCGGAAAUGUUAUCGGCCGGUGGUAGUUCGUUCUUGACAAACAAUUUCCCGAAAGACAUUGAUUGGGGAAAAUGCUAUCCGCUCGAGGAAAGCAAAACGACAAUAACGACAGCAGAGGAAUUGGCAAACUUUGACUUUCAACCGGAAUGGAUGAAAACGAAGGAAUAUUGGGAUGGGGACUUUGAGACACGUUACGAGAGUCAACGGAAGGAUCCGCAACGACAACCGCUGAAAAUUAUCUUGGUGCCGCAUUCGCAUAACGAUCCGGGAUGGCUGAAAACUUUUGUCAACUACUUUCAGUCGGAUUCGCGGCAGAUUUUGAAUUAUGUCAUCACGCAAAUGGACAAGGAUUACAAAAAUAUGACUUUUAUUUGGUCGGAAAUUAGUUUUUUGCAGAUGUGGUAUGAUCAGGCGCAUCCAAUUAAGCAACGAAUGUUGAAAAAGCUUGUAAAAUCCGGGAGAUUUGAAAUCACGACCGGAGGAUGGGUCAUGACUGACGAAGCAAACGUGCACUUGUACGCCAUGCUCGACCAACUUAUCGAAGGCCAUCAAUGGGUAAAAAUGCAUUUAAACGUGACACCGCAAGUCGGCUGGUCCAUCGAUCCCUUUGGGCACGGCAACACCGUUCCAUACCUCCUUUCUGCCAGCGGAUUUGCCGGCGCCAUCAUUCAACGCAUCCACUAUGCAUGGAAACAAUGGUUCGCCCGCAACCAAUCUGGCGACUUUAUGUGGCAACCUUACUGGAAAUUGUCCCAUUCAACGGAACGCAAGCCCCACUCGCUGCUAACUCACAACAUGCCAUUCGAUAUUUACUCGAUAAAGCAUUCUUGCGGCCCUCAUCCGUAUGUCUGUCUAAAUUUCGACUUCAGAAAAGUGCCGGGCGAGUACACGGAAUACAGCGUAAAAGCCCAAAACAUCAACGACGAGAACGUUGCUGCCAAAGCGGAUCUUCUGAUGGAGCAAUAUUCACGCACGGCCUCACUUUUCCCGCAUAACGUCGCUCUAAUUCCGAUCGGCGACGAUUUUCGGUACAAUCGAGAGCACGAAGUCGAGCAACAGUACACGAACUACAAGCGUCUCGUGGAUUACAUCAACGAACACAAGGACCGGUAUCAAGCAGACAUCAAAUUUGGCACCCCAAAGGACUAUUUCGCCGAAAUCAAGAAGCGCAUGGACAAAUUCCCCACUUUGAAGGGAGAUUUCUUCGUUUAUGCCGACAUUUUCAACGAAGGACGUCCCGCCUACUGGUCUGGAUACUUCACGACGCGACCUUUUUACAAAAUUAUGAGUCGCGAUCUCGAAGCAAAUUUACGCAGCUUGGAAAUUUUGUUCUCUCUGGCCUUUAAUCGGGCUCGGCAGCAAAAUAAUGUCAACAUUUACAAGGUUUUCGAGAAAAAUUACGAGAAAAUGAUCAAUGCGCGUCGUAAUUUGGGACUUUUUCAGCAUCAUGAUGCCAUAACAGGCACUUCGAAGGCCAAUGUGAUGCGCGAUUAUGCGAUUCGGCUGUUCGAAAGUACCCAAGAUGUGGUCAAAUUGCAGGAACAAAGCAUCGAAUAUCUCAUCCAGAAGUCCACGACGGAGCAUAAUUUCAUUAUUAGCGAAUUUGAGAGAGAUAAUGUGGGUCGGUUGCCUCGAAAGACGCCUCUUAAUGUAAAUGACGACAAACCAACGCCUUUUAUUGUCUACAAUUCAUUAGCCCAGGACCGAUUUGAGGUAUUGUUGGUUCGAGUUUCGACCCCAGAGAUUAAAAUUAUUGGGCCCGAUGGCAAAGACGUCCCGUUCCAGAUAAAUCCGGUGUGGAAUGUCACCGACCGAUCGGAUUUAAGUCGAACAAUUGUCGCUUCCGAUAAGGAAUUCGAAGUUUUGUUCCAAUAUAAGUUGCCGGCGUUGUCGUUACUUACCUUUACCUUAGUCCGUGAUGCCAAUUACAAGGAUCGCAUCGCAUUUUUGUACUGUUCCAACUGUAAAGAUGACCGAAACCCCUAUUACAGUGUCAAACCGAAGCCUCCAGGCGAUAUUCAGCUAGAAAACCCCAAAAUGCGACUCCUGUUCGACGAACAAAGCGGUUUCAUGAAAUCCAUUACGAAAAAAGGCAUGGGACGUUCGAUGCAGUGCGCGAUUAAAUUUGCGGCUUACAGAAGUGCGCAAUUCCAUUCCGGUGCGUAUCUCUUCCGCCCGGAUCCAGAUGGUCAAAAUCCCUUUAAAGAAGUUCUCGAUCAGUACAAAGGCGAUUUGAAGAUUUUGAUCACUUCGGGACCUUUAGCUUCGGAUGUGACAGCCGUUUAUGGACCUUUUUUGGCGCACACUAUUCGGAUUUAUAACACAAAAACUCCGUUGGACGAUGCAAUUUUCAUCGAGAAUGACGUAGAUUUUGAAUCGGCGCCGAAAAAUCGUGAAACGGAACUUUUUAUGCGUUUUGAUACGGAUAUUGAGAAUGGAGAGUUGCCGGAAUUUUAUUCGGAUAUGAAUGGAUUCCAGUACCAGAAGAGAACGAAGAUACCAGCAAUUGGGAUUGAAGGCAAUUAUUAUCCGAUUACGCAAACGGCGUUUGUGCAAGAUGACAAUGUGCGAUUGACACUGUCGACAACGCAUGCACAAGGUGCUGCCAGUUUGGAGCCGGGACAGUUGGAAGUCAUGCUGGAUCGGAGGACGUUGUAUGAUGAUUAUCGUGGCAUGGGCGAAGGCAUCGUCGACAGUCGUCUCACACGUCACAAAUUCUGGCUGACAAUCGAGUCCCUGUCACAACGUCCCGAAACAACAAAACAAUACCAAGUACCCAGCUUAUUCGCUACACAUCUCGCCAACGCCCUCAACUAUCCCGCCAACACGUAUUUCAUUGAAAAAUGGGACGAAAAUGCCCGCGUCGACUUCCACAAUGAGGUUUUGCUGUCGAAACAUUCGUUCCCCUGCGACUUGCAUCUCUUAAACUUGCGAACACUGACAGACCCUCAGUUGCUGCUAUUCCCGUCGCAAUCGGCUUUGAUGGUACUCCAGCGAUUCGGACACGAUUGUCACGUGAGUGGCGACCUGAUGACAGACAUUUGCGGCGAAAAGCAGACUAUCGAUGCGGACGUCUUCAAUAAACUUUACGUCAAGUCCGUGGAGAGCACGUCACUUACGGGAAUGCAAAAUUACGGACAUGUCUCGAGUAUAUCGGAUAUUCGGUUAGAACCGAUGGAGCUGAGGUCAUUUAACGUGACUUUUGUGUAGAUUUGUAAAUUAAUUAGUGGAGUGAAUGGAGACAGAUGAACAAAUUAUUUAUAUGAAUGAGGCCUACGAUAUUAAUAUUACACAAAGUGUGAUUUUUUUUUAAAUUUUUUUCUUGGUCAGUAUUUAUUUUUUAAAAAAUAAUUUAAUUUCCUGAAAAAAAAAUACUGUAUGACUUGCAAAUUGAACCGCAUUCCUAUUUUUCAAUCAAUUUUCACAAACAUUUCCGAAAAAAACUCUCAUCUUCCUUUUUAUAAUAAAAAUAUUUAAUUAAUUAGUUAAAU